ACGCUUCAUUUUACGCCAUGAGCGUAAGCGAGCAAGUCGCAUAAUCGUCACCAAAUGAGUUCACCUUCACGCAAUUAAGUUUGUCUCCCGCGUCGCCUCCGCUUGAAAACAAUCUCCACGACAACUAUGAACGGUUCGCUCAUUUCAAACACGGUGGACAUUAAACUCAAGCGUGGGCCUGCAGGCCUGGGCUUCAACAUCGUGGGGGGCGUGGACCAACAGGACGUCGUCAACGACUGCGGCAUCUACGUGUCCAAACUCAAGGAGGACGGCGCGGCGGCGGUUGACGGGCGGCUUCAGGAGGGCGACCGGAUCCUGGCGAUCAAUGGCGUCAAGCUGGAGGAUCAGACACACAAAGCUGCAGUGGAUUUGUUCCGGACAGCGGGGGAAGACGUGGAGCUGUGCGUUCUGAAAAAGUCAUCCCAUCAUACGAACGGACCCGCUGAAUCCCAAGCCGAGCAAGCACCCCUGGCGCCCUAUCUGACGAGACUCGCUGUGCUAACGGGAGCCGCCGCUGCCAUCUUUGCAUUCAUUUACAUCCGUAACAUCAGAAGACCGUUUUAGCAAAGCCGUAUUUUUUUUCUUUUUUAGGUUCAAACUUCUUUCUUGAGGCCAAAGAAGGGAGGGAAAAAAAACACUAUUCAAUGCUCUUCGCAGAGGUAAUCGUCAUUGCACAGCUUUAGGGGACGUAACUUCACGACAUGGCCGCCCUUAAAGAAAAAAAGGGAAGAAAGAGCUGCCUCAAGCUCUGCUGUCUUUUUUGUUGUGUUUCAACAUAUUCCAACUGGACUUGGCAGUGCCUGGUCAUGACGCGCUUGCUUCUUUGUUCCGCUUUAUCACGGUCUAAUAUAGACAUUUCUAGCCAUUAAUGCAGAGAAUUAACACUAUUCUGACCUAACAAGUAAAAUGCAGUCAGUCAUAAGACAUCAAUCAACAAUUAAGAAUUGAUUUAUCCUAUCUUGAGACGAUGGAGGCUAAAAUGGAGUGCACUACCUGCUGUGACCUGCAGUAUACAUUUUCCUGUUUGACAGAUCAAAUAAAUGCUAUCAAAUGCCCAUACCUAGGUAGGAACUUUUUUUUCCCCUGAUGAUGCUGGAUUAUUGAUUAGAUUGAACCCCGCUAUUAAGUGAUGCCCCCCCACCCCCUAAAAAAAAGUUUUUAAUUGCCAGUAGAUGUCAAAGGAUGGCGGCAAAGCACUUUUACUCUAUUAGCCAAGGCUUAAGCCUGACUAAAUGAACCUCCUCCUCUCACUUAAACAUAGUUCCUUGGCCACGAGUUGGCGCCAAAGCAAAAUGUUUAUAUGAGGUAAGGCUUUGCCCUGCGCACUCAAACAGCACAUAAUGGAGGAUAGUUUCCCAAUAAUAUUACGCAAAUGCCGAACUGAGAAUACACAUGGGGUUUACUGUAAUUGAGUCUUGAUGCACUGAAGACUCAAAAUGGAGUGUGCUGGUUGGCUGCGACCUGCAGGGGUGCUGUCGAGUCACUCAGCUAGUUUGCGCAUUAGAGGACAGAUUUUCUCAUUUUACACACAUUUUUCGCAUUUAAUAGAGCUAAUACAUUUUCAAAAGCAUUUAUGCUCCUUAAUGUCGAAAUGAUUAAAAAUAUCUGAAAACUUUUUUUGCGAUUAAUAUAUCAAAUAAACAUCAAAUUCUUAUCCAUAGUAAAAAGUACAGCUCUGAAUGUUUCUCAGGCAAAAAGGCAAUUUUUAAACAGAUGUAUAGUUUGAUAGUCAAAGACAUAAUUAUGAAUUCGCGCAAACAGGAUCAACUAUUUUUUUGUGUUGUUGUCGCUAUUCUUACUAGUAUGUAUACCACAGACUGUACAUUGUAAUAAAUCCAGCCUUGUCUUUUCAAGUCACCAAGUGAGUGAACUGUGAAUUUAAAGUAUUAAUUUGAGAUGCCGCCAUAUUUUGUGUUUUGGUAGGUCCUCCGGCAAACACAUUGCAUAUACAUUCCCCCAUUAUUGUGCACAGAGGUGUGAAUAGUUCCUUGAAAUAAAAGAGGGAGUUUUUGUAGAGUUAAAAAGUUUAUUUUUGCACUAGCCACAAUCAUGGAACGUCUGCGUCCGUGUGUCAGCGAGGUUUUAUUCGUCUGUUGUCUUGUAAAUACAUUUCAUUUCACUCUGCUGCUGACUGUGAAUACUGUGCUCUGUAUGCCAGAAGAGGAAAUAAGAAAAAUUAAAGUGGUUUACAUCAAAGCAA